AUGUCAUCUUCAGAUGUACGUUCCAUCCUCAAUCUGCCCCAAGCAGGUCCAUCAGCCCCCAGGCGUAGCACCACUGCGAAUCCAGCGGCCAAAAAACCAGAUGGUAUUUCAAGAGAGUUGUACGCACUCAUCGGAGACAAUGCUCCCUCUCUCGCAGAGGCGCAAGCAUCCAUAGCCGCCGUCAAGUAUCGAGAGAAGCCAUCACUCAAAUCCAAGAAGGUUCAUUGGGAAUGGACACCAUUUUCACCGGCUGCAAGGCAGGAUAAUCCCGUCAAACUCGGACAUUGGGCGAGAAUCACGGAUGCAGAUCCUGGAGUCAGUGUACGUACGCGUACGGCUGCCGAUCCGCAAGCCCAACAGCAGCUCAUUCACGCAUAUGCUUUUGACAAAGGUGAGUUUCCUCUAUACGUGAAUUUAGCUGACAGUUCAGCUCGCGAGAUCAAACGCAAACAGUAUGCAUCAGAGUUGUUCCAUCUUACCGCCGCUGAGAUCGCUGAGGAGGAAGCCCUUUACAUCGAGGUCAAGAGGAUGGAACAGAACGAACGACGAUACCGUGCUGAUCGAGACGAUCUGAUGCGGACUAUUAUGGGUUUGGAUAGUGGCUUGGUGGAAUUCGAUCAAUCCAAUGUCGAAGCGAUCUUUGGUAUUGACAAGAAUAAGAAACGAAAGCGAGCAGAGGAAGGUGAACCCGCUCCACCUCCACCACCACCGCCUAAGAAACAUCCCAAAGAACAGGCCGCUUUCGAUCUCGCUCAUUGCAUCUACCACUUACCCCCACCCCCUACCAAUCCACAUUCUUCUCACCUCGCCAGUAAACACCCUGUUCAUCAGCCUGUUCACCUUCGAUCCACCAAAAUUCCUCCACCGAAACAAAACGCCGCUAUACGUAUUACCGAACUGCUCAAUGAGCUUGGAAUCAGUGCUCACAAGUUGGUCAUGCCCACACGUAACAAUAUUGAGACGUUUGACAGCCUGCUUCAAGCGGCAGGUGCACUAAUUGACAUGAAACGACAAGUGGACAGGGUGGAACAGGAACUCCGCACGGUAAAGGCGCAGAAGGAAGGUCUUCUCCCCAUCAUCGACAGUAGAAAGGCGAGAUCCGAAUCUGUCACUUCGACUGAUACCACCACCACGACGAAUAAAAACAGGCCAAGCCGUGGGUUGUAG